GAAAAAGUCUUUGUCUACGUUGGCACUGACCUCGUUUCUCUCUCACUUUGCUUUUGCUUCUUCCUUCUCCAUGAUCAACCCGAUCAUAGCCCAGACAUUAUCUACAAGAAGCAUUGGUCUCUAGUUCGCCAUCCCCUGGUAGCCCUGCAGGACAAUUUAACAAAAUAACUGGCGAAAAAGAGAUCCCAAAAAGUGGACCUAUCAAUAGGAUGAAAAAUGCACCCAAGGAUGCCAUUCCGAUCAGCAAAACGCCCCGUCGACAACGCUCAUCUCGGUUUCAUGUGACAGAGCGUGUCACCUUGGAAAGAUUGGAAGCACUAGAUGAAGUGGCGCAGAUAGACCGACAGGAGUUAUUCUUGAAGAAAAUUGCCCAGUGCACAGUCAUCUUUGAUUUUAAUGAUGCUUCUUCAGAGCUCACAGGCAAAGAAAUUAAACGCCAGGCAUUAAUUGAGAUUCUGGACUAUAUCACUAACAAUCGAGGCGUUAUUACGGAGCCAGUCUAUCCAGCUGUGAUCAACAUGUUUGCAAUAAAUCUCUUCAGGACAAUACCCCCGCAAGUCAAUCCAUCUGGUGAUGCCUUUGAUCCUGAAGAGGAUGAGCCGGUGCUGGAACUGGCUUGGCCACAUCUUCAGAUUGUCUACGAAUUUUUCCUCCGCUUCAUCGAGUCUCAGGAAUUUAACACAAACAUGGCGAAAAAGUAUAUUGACCAUCAUUUCAUUCUCCAAUUGUUGGAGCUGUUUGACAGUGAAGAUCCACGUGAGCGUGAUUUUUUAAAGACAACUCUUCAUCGUAUCUAUGGCAAAUUUCUCAACUUGCGGGCAUUCAUCCGACGAUCAAUCAACAACGUCUUCUUUCAGUUCAUUUAUGAAAAAGAAAGACACAAUGGCAUUGCAGAGCUCCUUGAAAUUUUGGGGAGCAUCAUUAACGGGUUUGCUCUGCCUUUGAAGGAAGAGCAUAAGACAUUCUUGACCAAAGUUUUGUUGCCUUUACACAAGGUGAAAUCAUUGACACUCUAUCAUCCGCAGUUAGCCUACUGCGUAGUCCAGUUCUUGGAGAAAGAUCCGACAUUAACAGAGGAGGUGAUCCAUGGAUUACUACGGUUUUGGCCCAAAGUGAACAGUCCAAAGGAAGUCAUGUUCUUGAACGAAAUCGAGGAAAUCUUGGAUGUGAUCGAGCCACUUGAGUUUGUUAAAAUUGAAGGACCUUUGUUUACACAAAUUGCACGAUGUGUUUCCAGCCCGCACUUCCAGGUUGCUGAAAGAGCAUUGUAUUAUUGGAAUAACGAGUAUAUUGUCAACCUGAUCCACGACAAUGCAAAUGAAAUCCUUCCGAUCAUGUUCCAAUCGCUUUAUAAAAACUCCAAAACACACUGGAACAGAACAAUCCAUGGUCUCGUUUUCAAUGCAUUGAAGCUGUUCAUGGACGCAACCCCUAAACUAUUUGAAGAAUGCACAAAUCAUUAUCGUCAGGCCCGUCAAGACGAUCGAAAACGAAUGCUGGAGAGAGAAGAGCUUUGGCAGCGGCUAGAACAGAAGGCAGCGGAUAACUAUGAUACUUUGAAAGCACAAGGAGCCGUUACUACCGCGCCGCCUCCUGUGCCCCUUGCUUCCACAGAAAUAAGCUUGGCGCCACUAUGUAAGAUCAGAAUAUGCUCUGCGCAACUCUAUAUUUCUUCCAUUGCCAUUUCUGAAUGAGCAUAUAGCAUGGAUAUCUACAGCUUUCUUUUUUACUGACACAAAAUAUGUCAUAACAACAAAUAGCUUCAGAUGAACAAGAUGACUUGGCGGACAUGGCAGUAGAUGAUGAUGGUAGUGUGGGUGGUGUGG